AUGUCUUACAACAGAGAUGCCCAUACGUAUGAUGAAUUGCGUGAGCGUCGUUGGUCUCGCCGUCAAAUCAUCGAAGGUGACGCGGGCCCAGUGAUAGGGAGAAUACCUGAGGAAUAUGAACCAUCUCUUGCGUCAGGAGAACAUUAUUCAUACCCUUCCUCAUAUUUAUCUCAACCUGUUGCGUCAGGAGAACAGUAUUCAUAUCCUUCCUCAAAUUUAUCUCAACCUCUUGCAUCAGGAAGCCAAUAUUCAUCAGGGAAUUAUGGACAAAACUCAAACGCCGGACAAUAUGGACCUACAUUUGACAACCUAAAUAUUGCCCAACCUCAACCACAGACCGCGCAACACUUUCAGCAGUAUAGUCCACCGCCACCAUCCAUAAAUUCAAGUGAUCUUAACCCAUCAGUCAUAAAUCCCCAGGAAGUUCAAAAUUAUGGUAGUCUCAUGGCUGCUCAUAAUUACGCUCAGCGUAAGCAAGAUACUCGCCAUUUUCUUGGAGAUCAAAGACAGCUCUCUCCGCCUACACGGGGGCCUUCUUCCAUCUACGCCCAGACCCCAGGCACACCAACAACCUUCGAACAGCUAAAGACUGAGAUACCUGGAGCAAAGUACAUUCCUCGUCAAACUAAUGAACCACCCUAUGGAGAAUGGUCUACUGAUCCUUGGAAAUCAGGAUAUUUUCCGGAUUUCAACAAAACUCGGCCCAAUAAGGGUGUCGUGGCUGAUCUGUGGAUAGAUACAUGGCAGGGUAAAGCGGGCUGUGAGGAUGAAAAGAUAUGUCUUAUGUUUGAUCAUGUGGACUUAUAUCGACUAGCAUACAUCACUACAGUUCAUCUGGGAGCAGUGCACAGACCUGACACCAUAGUUGAAGGUUUGCAAGGAACAGGGCCUAACGGGAGUGAUCCGGUAAAUACGGUUGGUGACAUAGUGGCGAUACUCAAUAAAGCCGGAAGACCACCAGGCUUUGAAAGAGUAACUCAUUUGCGACCAAACGCCUUCACUGAGGAGCAAGUGAGGCACUUGUUCGACAUCAUGGCCAAUAAAAAAAACACGAAGCGUGAUAAAGCAUUCAGGAAUGUGGAGCAAUGGGCGCUACGUCCUUCAUGGUCUCCUCGACGGGUUCUUCGCAACGUGCCAGAAACGAUUGUGGAUUAUUGGGGACACACUUAUGAUAAAGCCCUGAGGGAUCCAGGCCUCCGAUGGGAUUGGCGAAUCAAAGAGUUCAUCUAUGUAGAAACUCUUGAUAUCGAAGGAAACGCGCAAUGGACAUUGGAGUCCAAUGAAUAUGAACCAGGCAGUCAACCUUCAGGGUCAACGUCAAAAGAACAACAAUCUGGAAAAUAUUUGAGACGACACAUUAAAGAUCCCAGUCAUUCGAAUUCAGGCUCCUCGAAUAGGCACCAUCGCUCACAUCACUCACAUCGCUCACAUCAUUCUAACCCAGAUGAGGAGCCCAAAGACAAGGGAAAGGGACGUAAACAUUAA